AUGUUUAACUACAACCCAGACGCGGAUGAAUUGAUUCCUUGUACUCAAGCCGGAAUUCGAUUUCAUGUGAGAGAUAUUCUCCAAAUAAUCAGUAAAGAUGAUCACAACUGGUGGCAGGCAAGAUUGUGGGGCUCAGAUCCACAAAGUCCAGCAGGACUUAUUCCAAGUCCGGAGCUACAAGAAUGGCGUGCAGCAAAUCAUGCAGUAGAAUUCUCUCAUGGCCACAACAAUCAACAAGUGGUUAGUUGUGGCUCUUGGUUUAUGAGGAAAAAGCGCGGAAAUCACAGCACUAGUCGUUCUGCUAGUGAUCGAACUCGCCAUUCCUUCAUCUACGACCAGUUAGACUUAUUCACUUACGAAGAAGUUGUCCGUUUACCCACCUUUAGGAGACGGACCCUGGUUCUUCUUGGAGCGCAUGGUGUUGGCAGACGCCACAUUAAGAACUGUCUCAUUCAAUCAGCGCCUGAUAAAUAUGCUUAUCCGAUACCGCAUACCACUAGAACCCCAAGAAAAGACGAAGUUUAUGGAAAGAACUAUUACUUUGUAACACAAGAAGAAAUGAUGAGAGAUAUUACUAACAACGAGUAUUUGGAAUAUGGAACUCAUGAGCAAGCUAUGUAUGGAACGAAAUUAGAUACCAUUAGACAAAUUCAUGCAGCUGGAUUGAUUGCCAUUCUUGACGUAGAACCCCAAGCUUUGAAAGUGCUCAGAACGGCAGAAUUUGCCCCCGGUGUCAUUUUCAUUGCAGCGCCUGAUCUAAACUCAAUUUUCCCGGAUUUGCAUUGUCCAAAUGAUGGAAGUCUCGAACGACUAGUCCGAGAAAGUCAACUACUAGAGCAACAUUUUGAGCACUUCUUCGAUAUGAAAAUAGUUAACAAUGACAUGGAGGAAACGAUAAAAAAGCUUCAAAUAGGAAUAGAAGAAUUCCAGACACGUCCGCAGUGGAUACCGGUGACAUGGGUUUACUAA